ACGGUGCAGGUGAAACUGAUAAAGUUCUGGGUUCGAGUAAAGACGUUGGUUUUUGUGUUCUCUGUGGUGUUUACCUCUGCAUCACUCGUCACGUCACGCAUGUUGUGUGGAAAUGACAUGUUGGGAGACGCAGUUAUCUGGAGAUGGGAUCUGUGCUGACGACGGUGGGAGCAAACUCCACCCAGCAGAUAGGAUCUGCAGGCGGGCGGAGCGGAGGGCAGCGUGCGCCCACAGGGCUCGGGGCUGGUUGGUCGGGACGCCUCCUGACAAGUCCCGCAGAAAAACUUCUGAGGGGCAAAGUCCAGCCUGUGCGCCACGGAGACGGCGUGGUGGAAGUGUGCGCGUGUGUGAGUGUGAGUGUAUGUGUGUGUGAGCCGGGAACUCAUGUCGCAUGGUAUUUGAGAGAAAUGCUCCAAAGAUGGCGGUGGUAGUCGCGGGUUCCUCCGGAGUGCCAAAAAGUGGAUUCGUGGAGGUGUUGGUGCGGGAGCAGUGGCACAAAGUUUUGGCCAACUUGAACGAGGAAGCGCUCACGCUGAGCUGCGAGGAGGGCGACGGCGUGAGCGACAAUGUCAACUCCAACGGCGUCACGAACGGAUCCUACCUGGACAACAACAACACCAACUCCAACAACGGCCCCCAGACCGUGCGCACCGCGUUCACGGACCUCCCGGAGCGAGUGCCCGAGGCGAUCGCCAACCGAAAGCGGUGCGUCAAGGUGUGCAAGCAGGAGAUCGGCGGGCUGGGGAUCAGCAUCAAGGGCGGCAAGGAGAACAAAAUGCCCAUCCUCAUCAGUAAGAUCUUCAAGGGGCUCGCAACGGACCAGACCCAGGCUCUGUACGUCGGGGACGCCAUCCUGUCCGUGAACGGCAUGAACCUGCGGGACGCGACCCACGACGAGGCGGUGCAGGCGCUGAAGCGGGCCGGGAAAGACGUGACUCUGGAAGUCAAGUACAUGCGCGAGGCAACGCCGUACGUCAAAAAGGGCUCCCCUGUGUCAGAGAUCGGCUGGGAAACCCCCCCUCCGGAGUCUCCCCGCAUCGGCAGCCCUCCCAUCACCUCCCCCUCCUCAUCCGACCCUUCGAACCCCACCACCCAGCCCUCCCUGUCUCCCCUCGGUGACAGAAGGUGCAUACCGCUCAAGAUGUGUUGUGUAACCCGAGCAAUGACCACGCCAGACCCUGAGAACAGACAACUGGAGCUGCACUCCCCUGACGCCAGGCACACUGUGGUGCUGCGGUGCCCGGAUCAACCAUCUGCCCUGUCCUGGUUCUCUGCCAUGCACUCUGUCACAUCCACACUGGCACAGCGGGCACUGGCAGAGGUCAUCCAGGACACAGCCAGGACGGGAAUUGGCAGCAGAGAGAUACGACACCUGGGAUGGUUGGCAGGGAAGACAGAGAGUGAGAAGCAGAGCUGGAGGCCGGUGCUGGUGGUGCUGACAGAGAAAGACCUGCUGCUGUACGACAGUCUACCACGAAGCAAGGAGGCCUGGCAGGGUCCGGAACACACUUAUCCACUUUUAGCAACACGCCUGGUCCACUCUGGUCCUGACCGGGGGUCCCCUCACUCUGGCACUGAGCUGUAUUUCGCCACUCGGACCGGCACACGACUCGGCAUCGAGACUCACCUGUUCCGGGCUGAGACGACCAAGGAUCUGUCCCUGUGGACCAGACACAUAGUGAACGGAUGUCACGCCUCCGCUGAGAUGAUCAAAGAAGUCACGACGAGUUGUAUGUACCAGAGUCAGGAGUGCAGGCUGGUGAUUCACUACGAACAGGGCUUCUCUGUGCUGGCUGACCCCAAACUGGACGAUGGGGAGAACGGGGACGCGGGAGGAGCGCACACUCCCACCAGGCCCAGGGUGCUGCUCUCCUACCCCUACGAAAAACUCAAGAUGUCCUCGGAUGACGGAGUUCGCAUGCUGUCCCUCGACUUUGGAGGGAAGGAGGGGGAGAUUCAACUGGACCUCCACUCGUGUCCAAAACCGAUCGUCUUCAUCCUCCACUCGUUCCUCUCUGCUAAGAUCGCCCGCCUGGGUCUGGUUGCCUGACAGCCUCUCCAAAGGGACAUUUGAACCAUCUUCUGAAAACUGAAAUCCACCUUGUUCCUCCACCUGUCUGCAUCCCGCAUGCAGCACACAUAGUCGAACUCCUUCAGCCGGGGGACCCAAGCUGAGUGAAUGUAGCUUCUUUCUGGAAAUCAACCUUUCUUGGGUCUCCAACUCUAAAGUUAAGAAACACUGGAGAAACCAAUUCAAAUUGGUUUUGCUUUGAGUGAAAUGGACAGUUUUUCUUUUUGACAAAUCCUCCCUUUUAAAGGGCUGCAUGGACUGAAGAACCACAGUAGAAAAAAGAUGAAAUACAGACAGAGCGACACACCGGAAGGAGCAGAUUGGGCAUUAGUGUCACGUCCAGGAUCCGAAGGACAGCAGGGGUUGAGAUGAGUUCACUUUUAAUUCAGUCACAUUGUAAUGGCACACUGCCUUCCAUUUACCAUUUAUAUAAUUUAUUCCCCAUUAGCUCUGAAAGGACAUUCUGAAUUUCACUUGUAAUUUUUCUUCCACAAACACUUUGGCACACUGUGGAAAAACAUUUGUCAUGCGCUUGUCCUUUUUUUUUUUGCGUCCCCUGAGAUGUCUUGUUAGCGGUGUCAGUAUUCAUCAUUGAAACCGGGAGCCACGCUCGGCGCCACAGAUUCCCACAAUGUGACGGCAGACUCAAAUUCAAAUAGUCUCAGUAUUCUUUUUAACAGGCCGCAUACGGCGACCAUCUGGUGGUAUUUCAGAGUUCGACUGAUUCGACAGUGAUGUCAGCUAUAAUAACGAUUUGGUUUCAGUUAAAUGAAGUAGAAUUCACUUGAAUAUUCUUUCUCUUUCGUCACAUUUAAAUUCACCGUCCCAUUCAUCACCCGAAAAAAAGCUCACAUCUAACUUUAAAAAAGGCUGCGUUCAAUAAGAGCCUGCUGUGGCAAUUUUGUCCUAAACACUGAGGAACCAGAUGGCAUUUACUUUGUUUAAUUUUCCACGAUUAAUGUCAAAUUUACAUGGAGGUUUAUGAUAAGGAUAUAAAUUUGCAUAUGAUUAAUUUAUUCUUAAUUUUGCUUUAAACAAAAUAACAAGUUUAACAUUCAGAUUACAUAGGUAAACCUGUUUUGAUCAGUUUCAGACACUAGUUGGAUUUCAUAGAGAAAUAUGAUGUGCGAAGUCAUGUAGACAAUAUUCCUGGUUAGCCUCUGUCCGAAAGAAACUAGAAAUAUACCUACCAGCACAUCUAAAGCUCACAAUUGAUCUUGUUUCUUGCGUCCGCACUGUGCUAGUAAGCAGAUUUGGUUGUUUUGAUAGAGCCAGGCCAGCAUAACAUACAUACACUCUUAGAAUGUCUGAUCGCGUUGACCUGGGUAACAGACAAACAGCCGUCGCCUAUUGCCCCUCAAGCAAAUAUAUGCCAUGAAUAACUAGUAAUUCUCAACAUUCACAUUGAAUCAAAUGGUCCCAUAAUCACAUAAUGAAGUAUUAUUUAUCCGUCACUAUCACAGUAGCCAUCAUAGUAGUCUUGCAUCCAGCUUUAGUCGUGCAACAGUGUGGGUCAUCAUUUCUUUUGGAUUUUCUGCAGCAGAGCGAAUCGGUGUGCUGCUCUGUGUCUGAUGAGGCCUGGCGCCAGGUCUUUUACUUGUGCCUUCAGAUGACUGAGAAGAAAACAAACAUUUUAAUUUUGGAAGGAAUAAAUGAACAUGAAGAGUACAGAGCAAACAGUGUGACUGCUAUGAUGGCUACAUUGCUCUGGGCUCAACCAGCCAAAUCUUCUUUUAUUCGCUCUCUCCAUUAAAUCCCAGCACACUUCCAUUGACCAUUUACACGCACACUGUGAACAAUGAUCCACACAUUGUAAUCAUACCGCACUGUAGAAGAAACAUAAUCGUUUUUGUUGCUACUCAGAGAUAGUGGAGGCAUUGGAACACACGGAGAAUCCAGCAGUUACUGACAACCUCAAGUGGAGAGGAGCGCUUUGAGCAAAGGCUGCUGUGAUGUGUAGAAUACUCUGAUGCCUUCGGCAGCUACUGUACUGUCACUCAGAAUGAUAAAUCUUAGUUUUGAAACUCAGAUUGUGCACAUAAAUCAUGUAUUUAACAAAACUGA